CAGCAGUGGCGCGGACUGUAACCCAAUCAUCAUGCGUGAAAUUGUACAUCUGCAAAUUGGACAAUGUGGAAACCAGAUCGGCUCCAAGUUUUGGGAAGUGAUCAGUGAAGAACAUGGCAUUGAUGCAACAGGCCUCUAUGAAGGAGACAGCCACCUCCAGCUGGAGCGGGUCAACGUCUACUUCAACGAGGCUAACGGGGGGAAAUAUGUCCCCAGGGCCCUGCUUGUGGAUCUGGAGCCUGGAACUAUGGACAGCGUGAGAGGAAGUCGGAUCGGUGCCCUUUUCAGACCAGACAACUUCAUCCAUGGAAACUCCGGUGCUGGGAACAACUGGGCGAAGGGCCACUACACAGAGGGGGCAGAGCUGGUGGAGCAGGUCAUUGACAGGGUCAGGAACGAGAGCGAAAGCUGUGAUUGCCUGCAAGGCUUCCAGCUGGUUCAUUCCCUCGGGGGUGGAACUGGCUCCGGCAUGGGAACCCUCAUCAUCAACAAGAUCCGAGAGGAGUACCCUGACCGCAUCCUGAACACCUUCAGCAUCAUGCCAUCGCCCAAGGUGUCCGACACGGUGGUGGAGCCUUACAACGCCACGCUGUCCGUCCACCAGCUCCUGGAGAACACAGACGAGACCUUCUGCAUCGACAACGAGGCCCUCUACGACAUCUGCUUCCGCACGCUGAAGCUGACCACCCCCACCUACGGGGACCUCAACCACCUGGUCUGCUUAACGAUGAGCGGGGUCACAACCUCUCUGAGAUUCCCGGGGCAGCUCAACGCCGACCUGAGGAAACUGGCGGUCAACAUGGUGCCCUUCCCUCGCCUCCACUUCUUCAUGCCCGGCUUCGCCCCGCUGACCGCACGCGGCAGCCAGCAGUACCGAGCCCUCACCGUACCCGAGCUCACGCAGCAGAUGUUCGACGCCCGGAACAUGAUGACGGCGUGCGACCCGAGGCGAGGGCGCUACCUCACAGUGGCCGGUGUCUUCCGCGGCAAAAUGUCCACCAAAGAGGUGGACGAGCAGAUGCUUGCCAUGCAGCAAAAAAACAGCAACUACUUCGUUGACUGGAUCCCCCACAACGUCAAGGUGGCCGUGUGCGACAUCCCACCCCGAGGCCUGAAAAUGGCCUCCACCUUCAUCGGAAAUAACACGGCCAUUCAGGAGAUAUUCCGCAGGGUGGGCGAACAGUUUUCGCUGAUGUUCAGGAGGAAGGCUUUCCUCCACUGGUACACGGGGGAGGGCAUGGAUGAAAUGGAGUUCACCGAGGCAGAGAGCAACCUCAACGAUUUGGUGUCCGAGUACCAGCAGUACCAAGACGCUACCGCUGAUCUAGAUUGGGAAGCAGAAGAGGAAGAGGAGGAGGUGCCAUCAUCAGCGGCAACGACAAAAGUUCAGUCCCGGACAGAGGUCAAAUUGGAAACAGUGAUAGAAACAAGCAAAGAGACUGUUGAUGAGUAGAACGUACCGUGUGGCAUGGGAGGCUUUGCAGCAUUGAGAGGGAACUCCUGUUUAGUUGUUUAUGUUUUACCUGUGGUUACUUUUGACACCCUCAGUUUGAUUUAUGUAGGACUGUCCCGAAAGCCAGAUUUGGGGCUACUAAGCCUCAAUCUGGAGAUAGACCAAAGGAGUUGACAGAUGUACCAAGUGAAACUUUACAAAAAGCCACGGUUGAUAGCCUAAUGUUUUGUGUUCUUGAUGUUUCAAGACCAAUGGCGAAACAAGUGAUAGUUUUGUAGAUAUCUUUAUAUGUUUACUAUCACCAUUGCAAGGUUUGUAGGUAUUUGGUAAGAUAGGUUGUGGUGUUUAAGUUUUUCAAUAGCUUGCUCACAUGUAGUGGAUUACAUUUGUAGUUUUAUUUAUGAUUCUCUUUUAGACUCAUUUAUCGCUAUAGACUACACAAUUGAGGAUCAUUUACAACUUUUUUGUCUAACUGUGCUAAACAACUGGUAAAAAUGUUGAGGUAACAUAAAUAUAAGGAGGGGGUGCGUUCACGGCUCUCUGCAGAAAUCUGCAUCCAGACAAACUUUUGUGAUGACAAUGACUUCAUUUGUUGAAUACAUGCCAAGCAUAUUAAUUUUGUUAAGAUGCUGAAAAAAGGAACGCACACAUGACAUCUUCUACAUUUGUGGGUUCCAUCUAUGAUUAUGUGAAUAUUUUGGACCCAAAGUGUUCAGUUUAAACAUUUUUUAUUAUGGCUAAAUCUCCAUCCAUUUGCCUUUUAGCACUAUGUCAAUGAAAUGACCAAGACAAUCUAUCUGCUCUAACCUUUUUUGUUUGAGAUAGUUAGAAGAUGUAUGUACAGAUAUGAAUGCAUUUCAUUGGUUAGACAGCUUCCUGUUAUGUUGCUUAAAUUCAACUGUGGCACUUUCAUUUGAAUGUGCAGUGAUCAAUUUGACUGUAAAACUAAUAGUUUGUUCAUUAUUACUUAGUGAAUUCUUUAUAUAUCUAGCAUUGUUGUGCAGAGUUGGAUUUUUUUAUCAAACCAAUAGCAGACGUUAUUCCAACAUACGAGAAGGACAAACGGAUUGCACUCCACCUUUGAUUUUUCUCUCUUUUCUUGGGAUUCCCAAAGGAGUAAACAGGCUUCCAGCUGACUUGCAUACAAACAUACAUGUGAAACGAGGCAUUAUUAGACCACAUAUCUGCAGGGAGCCAAGUCAGAUCACAUCCACAGACCUGCAUAGUAUAACUCACCUUUAAUUGUCACCUUUAUAGAUGUAACUUCCCUUUGUACAUAGCAGAGAUUAGAAUUUUUAAAUAUGGAAGAACGGCCACAUUAACAGAAAUGACUGCAACAAAGAAAAGUUAUAUUUAGAUGCAUCAAAUAACUAUUGAAUAGUGUUAGUAUACAGUAUAUAUUAGAAAUCAUUAAGAAUUGCAUGUGACUUGUAGAAUUGCAGUUAUUUAGCUGACACUAUGAAUAAACAAUAUAUAUUACAGUUUGUUGCUCUUGACUGCCUGUGUGUAAAGCAAUUUGCCACGUGAUUACCAAGUGGACAAUCCACCAUGUUAGUAUUAUGCUUUGCUGUAUGUCAUAUGUCUGCAAAGGUGCCCUAUAUCUUGAUCAAUGAUUUGAACUUGGUUCCAAAAAAAUUUCUGUCCCUCUUUUGGUGCUAAAGUUUUUUUUAUAAGAUCUGUGAUACAGUUGGAUUAAAUUUCAUUGACUAAAAUCAAUAAUCAUGAAAGCUAAUGUUACUGUGUUGUGACAAGUUUCAUAUUUUCUUUUCUAUACAUUAUUCAGACAACUUAUGUUCUAUGUUUGCCCUUGGUAUAUUAUUUUUUCUUUCAAAUAUUGUACGCAGGCUUAUAAGGAAACCAUUAUAGCUUUUUCAUUUUUAAAAACAUAAUUGUGAUGUGUGAAUUUCAACUUUAUUUGUUUGACAAUAAAAUAUUAACCACUGAAAUAAAAAUGUGAUCGUGUUUA